GGCGUAGUCUUGUUCAUCUUCGAUCUCCUCCAUCUCCCUUCAUCCUCUCUCUCGCUGUUUGAGGAGAACUGCCUGCCCCUGCUCCCUCUUCCGCUCCUCCCCGCGCCCCGCUCGCCAUCCCCAGACUUCAUUUCAGGCCGGGAUGGACGACUACGCCCGGGAGAUGAUGGAGCUCAAGACGCUCGUCACCCGCACCCUCGAGAAGAAGGGCGUCCUCGCCAAGAUUAGGGCUGAGCUAAGAGCAAGCGUGUUUGAAGCCAUUGAAGAGGAGGAUCGGGUGGAGAAUGAUGAUGGAGGGAACCCUGCUUUGCUUGGUAGCUGUAAUGACCGAGCUAAGCAACUGCAUGCUUCACCUUCAGGUAGGUUACUAACUGCACUUGUAUGCGAAUACUUGGAGUGGGCGCAACUAAGUCACACAAUGAAAGUUUACUUGCCAGAGUGUAACCUGCCCAAGGACUUCUGGAAGAAUGAACUGAAAGACUUCUCUAACAAAAGUGGAGCUGAAGGGAGCAGGAGUGCUGAAAGUGGUCCAAUGCUUUUAGAUGUUCUCGAAGGUUAUCUGAAAUAUGAGAAUUUGUCUCAAACAAGGAUGGGCGGCAGGAGGAUGAUGAGUUCAGAAUCUGAUCCAUCACUAAAUGUUGAACAUCGGAGCAUGAGGAGGGCACCAUUAUCGUCAGCUGGGAACCUGCCUCCUAUGGGGAGGCCAAUCUCUUCGUCGCAGCAGGCAUCAGAUCGCAGAGGGGGAUCUUCAGCUUCCAACACAAGGAAAGAUGAGUACAACUGGAGAUACGAUACCACCGAUGAUAUAUCUGAAGAGGUGCUACGGGCAUCGACUGCUCUAGAAAGUGUUCAGCUAGACCGCAAAUCUCGGAAUCUGCCAACAUCUUGGAGGUAGGUGGGGCCAUCGUUUGAUUAAUCGCCCCUCCCUCAUAAUAAUGUGCAUUCAGGGGAUGGCGCCGAGUAACAACAAGGCUUUGGAGCUGGUUGCUUGACUUGACCCUGUAUCAUGUAAUUUGUAUGCCAAUCAUUUGCAGUGAUACGAUGCUUGGAUUGCUGCUAUCUUAGAGAAGUGGUAAACUGGUUAUGCGUGUUUGUCUUGUAACGAACAAAACAACUUUAGUGUUAGUUUCAUGUUGCAAUUUUCAAAGCUCUCAUGUUGGAACUGCGUGGACUAGUUUCAUCGUCAUAAAGCUCAUUUUAUUCCCGUAGAACAUUAUUUAA